AUGAAUGAAUGUGCAAGCCACGCGGCGGGCGGGGGACAGCGCCCCCUCCAGGGCACGAGGACCGCGGGCCCUCCACGUGCCCCCUCCCAAUGGAGGCAAACGAGGAGCCCGCCCCCUCCCGGCCGACCCGCGGCGGCGCAGCCGCUCCCGGAAACAGCCCCGCUCCGGAGAGGCGGGGGGAGGGAGGCGGAGGAACAGCCGGGGCUCGCCUUCCUAUUGGUGGAGGCGCGCGGCGGGCGGCGGCGGCGAUUGGCUGGCGGGGAGUGUCAGUCGGGGGGGGAGGCCCGCUCCGUUGCCGGGCAACCGGGCCGGGCUGCUCCGCCUACCGCCGCCACCGCCGCUGCUGCUGCUGCUGCUCGGGCCGAGCUCGCCCCGGCCGGCGGGGGCUGGUCCUGCUCCUCUGCUGCACGCUGUGCUGCACGCUCUGCACACCGAGGAGGAAGAGGAGGAGGAGGAGGAGGGAUGCUGAGGUCGGGGAUGGGGACGGCGACCCCGGGAGCGGCAGCAUCAGCCCCCGGAGUCCCGCUGCAUCGACCCCGCUGCCCGCCCAACUGGUGA